GGGCGCUUUGCGACGGCGGCGCUUGACGGCGGCGGCGGCGGGUGCGGGUCCGGGCGGGGGCGGCCAUGCUGCUCACCGUGUUCUGCCUGCGCCGCGACCGCUCCGAGAUCACCUUCAACCUGCAGGUGGACGCCGACUUCGAGCUGCAGAACUUCCGCGCCCUUUGCGAGCUGGAGUCCGGCAUCCCGGCGGCCGAGAGCCAGAUCGUUUAUGCGGAGCGGCCGCUGACCGACAACAACAGGUCCUUGGCCUCCUAUGGCUUGAAGGACGGCGACGUGGUGAUCCUGCGCCAGAAGGAGCCGGUGGAGCCACGGCCUUCCAUGCGCUUCCCAGGUCUGCCCAGGAUCGAUUUCAGCAGCAUCGCCGUUCCCGGGACAUCCGCGCAGCAGCAGCCGCCCCCGGCGCAGCGCCCGCGCCCCUCGCCCCCGGACGCGCCCUCGUUCCCUCAGGGCCUGGACAACCCUGCGCUGCUGCGGGAGAUGCUGCUGGCCAACCCCCACGAGCUGUCCCUGCUCAAGGAGCGCAACCCGCCCCUGGCCGAGGCUUUGCUGAGCGGGGACCUCGAGAAAUUCACCAGGGUGUUGCUGGAGCAACAGCAGGACCGAGCCCGGCGCGAGCAGGAGAGGAUCCGGCUCUAUUCCGCUGACCCCUUUGAUCUUGAGGCACAGGCCAAGAUAGAAGAAGACAUAAGGCAACAAAACAUUGAAGAGAACAUGACGAUAGCGAUGGAAGAGGCACCCGAGAGCUUUGGGCAGGUGGUGAUGCUCUACAUCAACUGCAAAGUCAAUGGUCACCCCGUGAAAGCCUUUGUGGACUCAGGUGCCCAGAUGACCAUCAUGAGCCAAGCUUGUGCUGAAAGGUGCAACAUCAUGAGGCUGGUGGAUCGGCGGUGGGCUGGCAUUGCUAAGGGUGUUGGGACACAGAAAAUCAUCGGCAGAGUGCACUUAGCUCAGGUGCAGAUCGAAGGGGAUUUCCUGGCGUGCUCCUUCUCAAUCCUUGAAGAGCAGCCCAUGGACAUGCUCCUAGGACUGGAUAUGCUUAAGAGGCAUCAGUGCUCCAUUGAUCUCAAGAAGAACGUGCUGGUGAUCGGCACCACGGGCUCGCAGACCUCGUUCCUGCCCGAGGGCGAGCUGCCCGAGUGCGCGCGGCUGGCGUACGGCGCGGGCCGCGACGACGUGCGGCCCGAGGACAUCGCCGACCAGGAGCUCGCAGAGGCAAUACAGAAAUCCGUAGAGGAAGCAGAGAAUAGUGACAAAGAAACUACCUCACUGGAAACGCCCUCAUUACCAGCUUCUGAUGGGUUUCACAAUCCAGUCCAGUCUUCAGGACUAAAUUCCAAGAUCUCUAAUCCCACAAAUCAGUUACUUGAUCGUUCUGUCUCUGCCCCUGCUUCACUUUGCUCAUCUGAAUCCAGCCUCGCAGAGCCCAUUGAUCCUAGAGCCGUCAAGACUUCUGACUCUUCACCUGAACGCCAGAUAACCCCAGAAAAAGAACAUGCUCUGGUAUUACAGCAUCAUUCCAAAAGCUCUUCCUUGGCAAAUAAUGACCCCUCUCUGCACACUGGAGAUGGAACCUGCUCCAAUCCAGCUUGCCUUUCACAGGAGACACUCAAAGAAACAUUUAGUGCUGACAUUUUAAAGGAAUGUAAUGCUAAAGAACAAGACCAUGGUCAGGAACAUCCUCUGGAGGUGACAAAAGUCCAUUUGGAUGACACCGCUACCAAGCACAGGCAGGAUAAAGAUGCCUAUCUGUCUUCAAAGCAGGAUCAAAAACAUGAGCUUCCCACAGACCAUCGGAUGUGCAAAGAGCCAGAAAAGGAACAUCUUGAGGAGCAAACUGAGACAACUGACCCAGAACCUCCUUGCUGUGUUGGUGGGGUUGAGAAACCUGCUGUGGCAGAAGCCAAACAGCCAGAAAAUCCUCCCAUGGAAAUGAGAGAAGGACUGGAGAGAGCAAGUCUUUCCUAUGUGAAAGGGAGUCUCCAACUGUCAGCCUCCUGUAGCCAUGUGCACAUGGAAGCCUCCAUGGAAAUAGAUGCAGUGGAGCAGGCUGCAGCUGAAGCACAGAGCUCAGCAGGGCAGCAGAAGCAGCAGACUGAGAACAGACGUAUAUCCAACCCGAACUCGGAGGCUUUCUCCAUGGAGGUGGAGUUGCUCAAGUCUCCGUCCUCCUUGAGUGAUCCACUUUCCACCAGUGAAGUCCUGCAGUCUAAAAGCACUAGUGAAAUUCCUGCAGAGUAUCCUGAGUUGGCUAAUUCGGCAGCAGACAGUUCUUCCCCCUCCAGCACCCAGCAGCUGGACACGGAUGCAGGAAGACCUUCAGAAGAGCCAUGUUUCCCUCUAGCAUCAGCCUUGAAAGAGCUUCACAAACUCUUGGUUAUCAGUCGGAAAGGAGAAUGCAAGAUCCUUGCCUCGGAAGAAGUCUCACAGCUGGAAAUGGUUCAGAGAGAGCCAGCAGGGCAGCAGAAGGGACUUCCUGAAGGUGAGCAGAAAGAUUUGGAUCCAGCCAGCCAGAGCUGUUCCUUCCCUGAGAUGAGGUCUGAGGGUGGAGAAGCAAAGGGGAGCCAGCCUUGUGAUUCUGGCAGAGAGCACAUCAGCACUGGGCCCGUCAGUGCUGGGCAGCCUGUGCUCGGGGGAGGUGCUUUAGAGAGGCAGAACGGUUCAGGUAAGAGCGAUGAGGUCGUGCUGAGUUCUGCAGCCACCCCUGGCCAGCAGCAGAGCCCAGAGCAGAGGGAGGUUUUGGCAGGAGGUUCUCAGAGUGCACCUAGUCCAACUUUGGAGCAGAGCACGCCUGUUUCCUCCACACCUGCGUCGGGUGAAGGAGCACCACAGGAUACUCAGCGCCUGUUUCCUGGGAGAAGUGGCAGUGCUGCUCCUGCAGGUCCGUGGCUGCUGGGUGGGAGUGAGGAACCACUGCUGAGCCCCCCAGCUGCCUAUACCAGACUGACUGAAGCAGGGGCUUCUUCACCCCCUGCUUUCCCUGUGGCUGACAUCGACCGGAUCCUUGGUGCUGGUUUUACCCCCCAGGAAGCUCUCCAGGCCUUGGAACAGGCGGGUGGAAACGCAGAUCUUGCUCUUCUCAUUUUGCUAGCCAAGAGCAUCGUUGUUCCCACGUAACUCUGGAAGAGGGAGCUGACUGGGGGACCUUUCCUUCUACAGGAGUAUCUCAAUUACACACCACAAUGGGCGAGCAGAAUGUUGAGCCAGAUUUUUUACAUUAUUUGCAGCCAAAGUAGCACAUCUCUUCUUUUUCACUCGUUAGAUUUGGGCUUUGAAAGGAAAGAAAACAUCCUUGCAUUGUGUGGACAGGAUAGCUUUUAAUCAUGCAUACUGGAUUAAAACUACUAGUUUUAUUUAAAUGUACGGUUUUAGAAUAACCUCCAAUGCUAUGAAUAAAAAGCAGCAGCCACUGUGCUCACUGCCCUGUCCAGCACAAAGCAAUUUGUGAUGGGAAUUGGCCACACGUGCACAGGAGGGGAGGUGCACGCUGAGUCCACUGCAGACUCUGGAUGUGUUGCAUCUCCUCGGAACGCAGCAUCCAGCUGUUGAAAUUAUUCUGGCAGCUGCUAAAGGUGUGUAGAUGCUCCUGGCUGUGUAAGGCUUUUGCCAGAGGAGUGAGGGGGUUUUUUGGCAGUGGGUUUUCGUGUGUGCAUGGGGAAGGCUGAUGCUUAUUUUUGCCAAACCCUUUUAUGCUUUGAUUUAGAGUUGGACUCAAUGAUUCUCGUGUGUCCCUUCCAACUCAGAAUAUUCUGUGAUGCUCUUGGGCCAGUGUGUUCCAGUUUACAACAUGGGGAUAGAAGAAGGGAAGGGAUAGAAUUUGGUGCUACCAAAACUUAUGAGAUACGUUUUAACUUAUUUGGAGAUGUGCUGGUAUUAACUGUAGGGAUGGGGGGGGAGGAGUAUUUACAUUUUUUUCUAGCCUUGCCCACAUCAUGUUUUUCCUCAUGCAAAAAGAACAAGCUCAACCAGUUUAAGGCUAAACCUUAAUGAUGAAUUUGUUUAACAAACCAACUGUGUGUUGCAGCUCUAAAUCAUCUCCCUGUGCCUGGGGAGGAAUGAACUUCAUCUCAGUGGCUCCAGGCAGGGCUGUGAUUGGAAGAAGGAAGAAUCUGCUUUGCUGUGGUUUGUCUGGAUGUCUGGGGUUGGUCAGCCUUGUGGCUGUGGAUGCCAUGGCUGGGGGUGCUGAUCUCACACCUCCUCAAGAGCGAGGGCUCCCCAGCAGGGGUCACGGAACAAAUGCACUGACGUGGCUUCUGCGUUACAACCAUCGUGGCCUUCUGGGAUACCUCUGGUGAGUCACCUGAGUGGUGAGGCCUCACCGAGGCUGUGCUGUAGGAAGCCCUUUCCAGAUGCUUUUUUGAGGGGGAAGAACUCCUUUGUGAUGCUCUGCAAAGCCCCAAAACUCUGUCAGGGCCGGGGAAGGGAAAGGAAGGCGUGUCUGAAACAAAAUUUUAAGUAGGAGCUUUGAUUCAGUCCCACUUGCAAAUCUCAGAAGUGGCUUUGUGUUUGGUGUUUGUCUUGAACUUGACACGUUAAGCUAAACCUGGAGCGACGGCUUAGCAGCACCAGACACAUUUUUGUUCAUGGCUUCCAUGUGGUCUUGUGGUUGUCUCAGGCCUGUGUCCUGGUGUUUGUGUUCCCUGUUGCUUGAGCAGGUCUCCUAUGUGUGUGCUGGGCUGUUUUUAUGCAGGUGGCAUUUAAAAACAACACCGAUUUGGUUUCAUCUGUCACCUCACAGGAGUUUGUGCUGUCACUGAGUGCUGGUGUCAGAUUUGCCUCAGACACUUGGGCAGCCAGGAGAUCCUUUGGAGUAAUAAAGGGCUUUAAGGCAUUCUGCUGUCAAAUAGAGCUUCUCCAUGAGCUGGGAUGGUACCAUCCAGACCUGGAGCUCCCAGACAGGUUUGGCUUACAUCCCUCUGCUGGUGAUGCCAGCAGCAGGCACUGCUCCAUGUGGGAAGCAGUGCUUGGCUGUCUGGAGCAGCAUCCAGUGAUUCACUUGAGGCUCUGCUCAAAGUGAGUUACUGGGGCCCGACUGCAGCUUUCUCAUCUUUGCCGGGCAGGUGGUAGAGUUACCCCUGCUGAAGGUUUGGUUUAAUAUUCUCCUUCCAAUGAGCACCUCAAAUCAGCAGAAGCCCCUCUGUGAAGGGCAAGCUUGGGCUGGUACAGGGGUGCAGUGUCAGCAGGUCUCCUCAGAAGCCGCAGGAAAUAGGAUCUAUCAGAUGCAUUCCUGUCUGCAUCUGGUUCACCAUCAGGAGCAGCAGCAAUGAGGCUCCCAGACCCAGAGCGACUUCAGAUGGCUGAAUCUGCUCCUGAUUCACACUGCAGGGCGCGGUGAGGUGGCCCUGGGAGCAAAAUAACACAGGAGCCAGGGGCAGGUUGGCUCUCUUGGAUGUGGGAGAGCUGAACCUGCACCCUUUGCCUGUGGGUGGAUGUACUGCCAGCUGCUUGGAGCAGCAGAUGUUGGCCACUCAGUGUUGGCCACUCAGUGUUAGCCCCUUGUAUCACUCUCUCUGUUUUAGAAGCCAUUGCUCAGCUGGCCCAAGUGGUGCUGCUCUGCACCAAGCUGGUGACAGGCUCUGCUCUCAUGGCCACACUGACUUAGGCUGCGUAUACAGAAUUUAUGCUAUAAAAGCUUUAGAGCAUCAGCCAAUCUGCUUCAGUGCUCACUUUUAUUCCUUGUCAAAUAUAACUUUUGAAUCCUGCCCCUCUGCCAAAGCUGUAUGGAAGCAUUUAUCCAUAGUGCUAGAAUUCCGUGGGUAACUCUCCCCAAACUGCUAGAAACAAACCCUGACCCCCAGCUGAUAAAUACUUCUAAAACUCUUUUAUCAAGUAGGUCCAAGCCUGGUGAUUUAAAUCUCUUCAUUUCCGAGCCUUGCUUUGAGUGAAUGGCUAUGUGCUGCUAAAUUAGUGAAUAAUUUUUUUUUAGGAGCAAGAUCUAGUAUAAAAUUGGGGCAGUGGUGAGUACUUCAGGUCAAAAUAAAAUGUAAAAGAAUGUGUGUUUAGCGAACGCUGUCUGAAAGUUGUCUUUGUUUCAGCGUGUGUCCUCUCUGCUGCAUGCACACACACAUCCUCUGUUCAGCCUCCAGCAAUCCCUUUCCUGCUCCCUGUGCUGACCUGGCCCACAGAGUGGGAGUAUUUAUAGGAAAGGAGGGAUGGCAGAGUGCUAUGCUUUAUUGGCUACAGUGGGGUAAAGAGGUACCACCAACAGCUGUUCAGGUUUCCAAGGAGCCAGGUUCACGCCUAAAAUCAGGCACUUUGUUCUUUCCUCUUCCCCCUCCUCAUUAACCACUGCUGCAGUGUCCUAAAGUCACAUCUCUUAACAAAGGGAUUUCACCACGGCAGUCCAGCUCUGGAGUGUAAAGCAGUGCUCUGAAGCUGCUUUGUAAAGCUGCCAGCACCUGUGGGGACCCAUGUGGGUCUGUAGAGCUUCUUGCUGGGUGUGCCCUGGAACCACUCCUGGACUCUGAGAUUUACUUUUUUUCUUAAAAAUACUGAAGGAAUCCACUUGGCCCCUUGGUCACUGCAUGUUUGUGUACAUGAGGCCACAGGUGAACACAGGGGUGAUGUUUAGUGGAAUCCCAACAUCUGGAAGUUUCUGGGCAUGGGCAGUUCUGUCAAGAGGAGGGAAUAUUCCUGAUGGCUGUCCCUGACAUGUUUACCUGCUGCAGGACAGAGCUGAGCUACGCUGUUACCGUGACAAUCUCUGCCUCCUUGCUGUGUAUGUUUAACUUUCUAUGUAGAUACUUGGUCUCCAGGACUGUUAACCUUGUACGUCCUCCAUGUUCCCCUCUUCUGCGUGUCCCUCUUGCUGUCGCCUCUUCUCAAAAGUAGCAAUAUUUAAGUGUACUUGCUGAAUGCUCAACUUCAGAUCAGUUUUCUGUAAAACUAUGCCAUUGACGAACAAAAGGAGGAGCAGGUCCUAGAGGUUUCUUCACCAGACUUGGACUUCCUGCCAAACGGCUCCCCAGAACUCUAACAGAAAUUCAAAGAGGAGAAAUCCAGAGGUAUUUCUGCCUGCCUCUCUCGGAAGUCAGCUUGGGAAACGAGGUCAGUUUCAUGUACAUCAUUCCCCUCUGAGCGCUCGAGAUUUCUUCCUGCACUGUGUAGACGAGGCUUAGUCCGUGAUCCAAAGCGCAGCGGUUUGGGUCACGCUUUGACUGACGCUUCAGAGUUUUACAGACUCACUUAGGGAACUUGAGGGAAUCAAUACUCAGGAAUCCUAAAGCUGGUUGCGUUUUGUGUCAUUGACUCUUGUGGGCCGAACACGCUGCGGCCUCGCAGGCGGCUGAAGAGAGGAGUGGGUGUGUCAUCAAUGGGAUGUGGUUCUGCCCAAAGUAAUACACACUUGAUUCUUUUUUGAUUUUUUUUAAUAUUGGGGACUGUUUAUCAACAAAUUAUGUGUAAAAAAAUUUGAUAUUUAAAAAAAAAUGAAUAAACACUUUAUCAUAAUGUUG